AUGGGAGAAAAAGAGAAGAGUGUGAAGAUUGCUGGUCAGAGUUCAGGCAGUGGUUUGGGAAAGAGAAAGAGUUUUGGGGGAUCUAGUGCCCGAAGAUUUGGUAGAGGGAAGGCUAAUGUGGUAGCAGAUGCUUUAAGUCAAAAGACCAUAGCUAACUUGACAGUCUCACCCUUAUCUUUGGUACAUGACUUAAGAGCACUAUAUGCAAAAUUGGUGAAAGAUGCGAAUGGGCGAAUUUAUGGCUACUCUGGCAGAAUGUGUGUUCCUAAUGUUGUUGAAUUGAAGAACAUCAUCUUACAGAAAGCACAUGAUUCACCAUUUGUCAUGCAUCCUGGUGGGACUAAGAUUUACCAAUCAAGCAUCAGGAUGCCUCCUUAUGAAGCUCUAUAUGGCAGAAAAUACAAAACUCUCUUAUGUUGGGAUCAAGUAAGCGAGAGAAAGUUGAUUGGUUCAGAGAUUGUGUGGCAGACUGAGGAGAAAAUCAAAAUCAUUCAAGAUAGACUUAAAGCUGCAUCUGAUCGGCAAAAGUCCUAUGUGGAUUUAAAGAGAUGGGAUAUUGAGUAUAACGUGGGUGAUAAGGUGUUUUUGAAAGUUUCCCAGUGGAAAAAGGUUAUGAGGUUUGGGAGAAAAGAGAAAUUGAGUCAUCGCUUCAUAGGUCCAUAUGAGAUUCUGGAAAGAGUGGGCCCAUUGGCAUAUAGGCUAGCCUUACCUCCGGAGUUGGAUAGAAUUCAUAAUGUGUUCCAUGUGUCCAUGCUUCGAAGGUAUAGGUCAGACCCUUCACAUGUAUUGCCUUUAGAGUCCAUUGAAGUCAGUUCAGACCUUACCUAUGAUAAAGAACCCGUGGCUAUUCUUGCAAGAGAGACAAAGCAGUUGAGAAACAAACAAAUCCCUCCGGUGAAGGUGUUGUGGAGGAAUCACUCCAGAAAAGAAGCCACAUGGGAACGUGAAGAGGAUAUGAGGAGACAGCAUCCACAACUCUUCUAA